AUGAUUGUGCCCCCCGUGGACGAGCGUCCACUCCGACCCGCCGCCGCAGUCACCAGGACCGACAGCCGGCGGCCGUGGACCAAGCAUGACGACAACGCCGUGAGGGAGCUCGUGGCGACACACGGAACGAAAAACUGGGCGGUGGUGGAGCAGAACAUGAUCUCCGUGUACGGCAUCUACGGGAGGUCCGGGAAGCAGAGCAGGGAGCGCUGGCACAACCACCUAAACCCUUCGAUCAAGAAGAACGCCUGGACGCCGGACGAGGAGCGCAUCAUGGCCGAGGCCAGGGCAAAGCUCGGAAACCGCUGGUCCGAGAUCGCCAAGCUUCUGCCCGGGCGGACGGACAACCAAGUGAAGAACCACUGGGACGGCAAAAACGGAGGAAAGAGUAAAGGGGGGCUCAACACGGAGAAGGGAGCUACGGCGUGUCGAAAGAAGGGACGCCCGCGAAAGGCCACCGGUCUGGCGGAGCUGGAGCGGUACAUGGCGUGCGCGCAAGAAGCGGCCCAGGCGGUUCUCAAAGACUCCGGGAGACCCCAAGACCCGACGCUUCGCCAACAGAAUCCUCAGGGCAUGGAGGUCACCGUCACGUCGGCGCCGCGCGGGAGGCCACCCGUUGGUGCAUCCGUGGCGGCCAUCGAGAUGGCCAGUGGAAGGGCGGCAUUCCGUGAGAAGCUCAAACAGAACUUGGAGAAGACGGGGGGACUACACUGCCAGAGAACCGCAGCCGCGAGGCCCCCCCACAGGAAAGUAGCAGACAAGACCAAGACCAUUGUCAAGAACGAGAAAGCCAAGGACGUCAAGGUCGUCAAGCAAAGCAAGAACGGAGUGUCGCCAACCGGCCGGACUUUGCCUGCCGGCUCCACCGGCGGCUACGGCGGUGGCGGCGUGUUCCCGGCCGAUGCCGCCACCACCGUCGGUCUCUAUCCCCCGGUUAACCAGCCGUCCAACGGCGUUCAGCAGCACGAUGGCCACCAACCUAGUGGUGUUUCUUCCGGUAAUCCUCAGCUCGAAAGUCGCCUCUCCAACGGCCGCCGGUCGAAGAUUCGUUCGUCCAAGGUCUACAAGUCCAGCGCCGGCCGCAGGGCUAACGGCCAAAAGCUGAACGGCCGUAAGGCCAACGGUGGCGCCUCCCGAGCCACCGGUCGCAAGCCAGGCGGCCGCCGCCCCAGCACCAAUACCGGCCGCCGCGCAACGAACGACAUAGCCAUGAGCCCGCACAACCUUCUACCGGAAAUGGGCACAGCAGGGACGAAAACGUCGGUAGAAGGGGGCCUAGGGACAUUCGACUCAAACACGAUCAAGGACACACACAACGCUUCUCCCAACGCUCCGUCCCUCAAGCAGCAGGCGAUGGCUCCCAUCUUUACCGUGGGAGAGGCGUCCGGGGCCUGCGGGACGGCCGUAGGACUCGCAACACCAGCAGCAGGAGCAGUAGCAACAGGCCUAUUCAGGCCGGCACUGACGGUGGAGACCACCGACGGUCAGCCCUCCGAAGGCGGCGGGGCGAAACGUCGGCACCACAGGCGGGGUCUGGACCCCAUGUCCCCUUUGCACCUCGACGGGCCUUCCUCUCUUCGCCGAUCGCCCCGGCUACAUCCCCACGCCUUCGAUUUCGAUAGCGCUGACAUCUGCGGCGAGUUGCUGUUCGACCACGACGGCUUGGACGGCGGGGGCUGCGACGCCCAUCUGGUGCAGGGCAGCGAUGGCUGUGCUGAUGGUGGCGGUCCCCUUGCGCUGGACGAAAGAGGGUUUAUUAGGCUCGUGGGCAACAACACGAGGGGCACCCGGGCACCAACAGAAGCUGCAGGGAGGGCAAGGGUAGAGAGCGUUGACGUUGCCGCAGCUGCCGGCUUCAAGAACAGCAGCCACCAAGCACGAGAAGGCCCGCUGUCGCCGACAACGGUGAGCAUCUUUUCACCGCCACCUUUCGAACUUCACGACGAUGCUCUCGGCACCGGGACCCACUCCAGCAGCGCCGGCGGCGUUGGCGGUACCGCCGUCGGGAUCGGGAGCAACGACUUCUCCGGCUACUUCGAGGGGAUGCAUUCUUUGAACAACCUCGGCCACGACGGUACCAGCGGCAGCGGUGGUCGUCGCCUCUCCCCCCGCCUUCGCCCCGGAAUGUUCGCAGGGGACAACAGCCUCACCGCCGGAGACUUUGCGGCUCUGAGUCCCGGGAGCCUAGACGCCGGGAGCUUGGGGAGCUUGGGGAGCUUGGGGGGAAGCGUCGUCGGGGGAAGCCUCGGCAGCCAUCUCGUAGGGACGCAGUUCUUUUUCUUGGGUACGGACACCGGUGGUGGUGGUGGUGGUGGUGGUGGAGGCGAAGGCGGCGACAGAGGCCACGGCCGCUCGAGGCCUUGCAGUCGAGGAUUUCCGGUGGGGGUCCACCAGACGGACCCCCGUUCCACCGUGACCGGCCCGGCCGCAGCGGACCCGCUAGAUGCGGCGCCAUGUAUGCCACCGCUCAGAGACGAGAUGCGCCCCGCCGCUGUGGCCAAGGCGGGUGGGGUUGGGGCGCAUGUUCUGGCUGAUCUGGACGUUGACAAGAGCCCGGCCCACGCUAAGGGAUUUGCGACACCUUCGGAGCUACUGAGUCGGCAGCAGCAGCAGCAACAACAACAAGAGGAAGAGCCUCGCAUGCUGUCUACUUCGCCCUCCACCACGAUGGAGUUGUUCGGCGCGGCGGGCGGGAUCGGCGUUGGUGAAGGAAGCCACGAGGCCGGGGGCAUCGUCGGCAGCGGGGGUGGUGCGUCGAAGCGGAAGCGGACUUCUUUUGCCGUGGCCACGUCCGCGGCAAAGACUGGCAGCGACCAGCACCGGCAAGGGGGAGGCCUGGACAAAGGAGGUUGCACAGGCGAGGACCCAGCAACAAAAACAGAGACCAUCGUCCGCUCCGGCCAAAGCAAGAAGCAACGGCGGCGAUCAACCGCAGCCACGUUUCCCCGUUCAUCCCGCCGCUCUCCCCUCGCUAAUGAUGCCGCCGCUUCGCCACGGCAGAAGCAACAGUACGACCACGGCGACGAAGCCGCCAACAGCGGCGACACCACCCUCGGACCCCGGCUUCUGACCGGAAGCAGCAACCCUAGCAGCGGCUACCCGUACCCGGGAUUCACCCCUCGCUUGACAACGACCACAGAUGUAUCGAACCCAACUCCGAGAGUGGCGGUGGAGCCUCGGUGGAGUGCGACCGAGAUCAAACUCGAAACACGCCACACAGACGGCGGCGCCGGGACCGGCCCACGAGACGGUGCCGCGCGGAUGAUCCCAAGGUCCGGAGGCCUUGGGCUGCAGCUGAGCUUCGCUCCCUUCCACGGGGGUGCCGGCGCCGGCGGACUGGCUCUGAGUUCUUCAUCAAUGUUUGGUAGCAGCGGCGGGAACGGUGCUUCGUCCGGAGAAUCCUCGAAAACCCCUUCCUCGUCGCAUACGACGGCUGGCGGCCGCGACGGCAGCGGCGGUGCUUGCUUUUCUUCGAUGACCUACGGCGGCAGCAGCGGCGGGUUCUUGUCGCCGAGUAGACGCUCGCCUCGCGUUGGCAGCGUUGGAUCUGGUGCGCGUUCCUCCGCGUCUCCGUGCGGGUUCGCUGGCGGUGACGGAUCCGGCAGCGGCGGUGACAGCGCGGCCAGCGGCCGUGUGGGCGGCACCGCUUCCAACGGCAUGCCGAAGACCACCGCUGCUCGAGGCGUCCUCGGGCUCGAGCUGGGCGGCGUCGCACGCCCUCCCGGGAGCAGAAUUGGCGGCGGCACACGGUUGUUCGGCCACGGCCCCGCCACUACCACCAACAAGCGCCUCUCCUCGCCUCAGGCCGGCGCUGGGCUGCCGCCUGGGCACGGGACGGCAACGGCGGUGGACGUCAAAAGGGAGGCUGGUUAUCUAAGCGUAUCCUGCGACACCGACGAUAGUGGUGGCGGCGGUGGCGAUCUUGACGACACGUCAUCCCGCCGCCGAUCCCCUCGGUUCAGCAACGACUACCAACACAGGACGGGCAGCAGCAGCAACGGCAACGGCAGCACAAGCAGAGACGCCGGCCGGGGUACGUUUACGAGAUUGUCGUCGUCGCCGUCCUCGUCCUCGUCGUCCUCAUCGUCCUCCUCGUCGUUAUCACCAUCAAGUGGCGCGGGUGUUACUCUCGGAGGGAGCUCCGACGGGGACGGCGGGGGUGACGUUGUCGACAGUGUCGGAAGCAGACGCGCGGGAGGGGGUGCCGUGAGAUACGAGUCAGUGUUCAACGCCGGUGUUCUCGCCGCAUCGUUUCCCGUCCGCCGAUCCCCGCGGCUGAAGGGACCUGCCAGAAAGCAUCUCAUGUCAGCACAAGCACCAGCAGCGCCUGCAGCAACGGAGGAAAUGCGCAUGUCGAGGGUGUUGGAGGUGGACUUAGCAAAGAAGGGGGAGGGCCACCCCCCGCAUCGGGACUAG